GCGGCUGUGUAGCAUCUGAUAAAGCCUAAUUGAUACAGCCACUGAGGGAGGCCUUUGUGUGCUUUGUUAGCCUGACGAGGCGCAGACCUUGUCAGUGUGGUCGCUCAGACAAUAGUUGCAGCUGUAACUCAACUCUGAGGAGCAGCAAUGAUGGAGACAGGAACCUCGUCUGCUAUUGACUGACUAGGAAAGAGUGAGCGUAAAGAGAAGGAGUAGGACAAGAAGGAAGGUUUGUUCAGCAGAGGGUUGUGUUGGGACAAACCUCAAGGGGUUCAGUGGUUGGCAUCUCUAUCAAGGCACUACUAGCUUAUGCCUGGAUAUACAUGGAGCACAGGAAAGGAUUGCUCAGCAUUCAGAAAGGGAGCAGAGCGAUGCAGUUUCAGUCUACUCUACAUUUUCCAGAUACACACAGGCAGAUUUUGAGAUGGGACUGUACCAUGUGGGCUGUACUGUGCAGGAUUUGCUUUGUUCAUCUCAGUGAAAGCCAUUACUUUUGACCAAGCUUUUUUUCGAUGGACGCUGCACACAAUGACAUUGUUUUAAUCCAAGCUUUUGCUGCCAGCUGACAAAAUGUUGAAGUUCAAAUCUUUUUGUUUGGAUUACUGGCAGUUCCUCUGUCUCCAGCCUCUGCAUGGUUCCUAUAAAAGUGUGGAAGGUGAUGCUCCAGGUAGCCAGGUGGGUGCCUCUGUGGACUCCAGCAGCGGCUACGGUUGCAUCCCAGUGACCCACAGCAGGGGGCUUGGCCCCGAUCACCUGGACAGCCAGCUCUGCGGACAAAUCUUGCUGCCCAGUCACCUGUGGCCCCGCCGACCCAAGCUUCAGCAUUCCCAGUCCAUCCUGCGCAAGCAGGCAGAGGAGGAGGCCAUCAAGCGCUCCCGCUCAUUGUCAGAGAGCUAUGAGCUCUCGUCAGACCUUCAGGACAAGCAGGUGGAGAUGCUAGAGCGUAAAUAUGGUGGGCGUUUCAUAACUCGGCAUGCAGCCCGCACCAUCCAAACAGCCUUCCGCCAGUACCAGAUGAACAAAAACUUUGAGCGUCUUAGAAGUUCUAUGUCUGAGAACCGUAUGUCCAGACGGAUUGUCCUAUCCAAUAUGAGAAUGCAGUUUUCCUUCGAAGGACCUGAAAAAGUCCACAGCUCCUACUUCGAAGGAAAGCAGGUCUCCCUAACAGAUGAUGGCACUAAAAUUGGUGCACUGGUAAAGUCAGAGCAUGGUGGGGAGAUGGGGGUGCAGGCCAAGACCCCCACGACACAGAGCGACUUCACAGAUGCUAUCACAGAACUAGAAGAUGCGUUCUCCAGGCAGGUCAAAUCUCUAGCUGAGUCCAUAGAUGAUGCUCUAAACUGUCGUAGUCUACAUGGUGAUGACAACCAGUUGGAGCCGGGUAGAGGCCACCAGGAUAUGGACAGAGAGGUCGGCUGUCAGGUGAAACCCUCCCACAGCACUUCAGAACACCGCAAACUGGAUGAGAUGACGGCAUCUUACAGCGAUGUUACCCUGUACAUUGAUGAAGAGGAACUGUCACCGCCACUGCCCCUGUCUCAAUCUGUGGACCGGCCCUCCAGCACAGAAUCGGACUUCCGUCAGCAUUCCCUCAAUUCCUCCCAGGACUACUGGUCAUUGGCUCAUAAGGAUGAGAAAGGGGACACAGACACCAGCUGCCGCAGUACACCAUCUCUGGAGUGCCAAGAGCAGCGCUUGCGGGUAGAUCACCUACCCUUACUGACCAUUGAGCCUCCAAGCGACAGCUCGGUGGAGUUGAGUGAUCGUUCUGACCGCAGCUCUUUGAAGAGACAGAACGCCUAUGAGCGGAGCCUCAGCAACCAGCAGAGCAGCCCCAAACACAUCAGCCACAGCCUGCCGCCUCGAGGGCCUUCCGGAGAGGAUGCCACUCGCCAUCGGCCACGACAAUUGGAGGCCCACCUGGCCAUCAAUGGCACCGCAAACCGGCAGAGCAAGUCAGAGUCAGAUUUCUCUGAUGGUGACAACGACAGCAUCAACAGCACAUCCAACUCCAACGACACCAUCAACUGCAGCUCUGAGUCCUCAUCUAGGGACAGCCUGAGGGAGCAGACACUUAGCAAGCAGACGUACCACAAAGAGACUCGCAACAGCUGGGACUCACCUGCCUUCAGUAAUGACAUCAUCCGCAAGAGGCACUACCGCAUUGGCCUAAACCUCUUCAACAAGAAACCAGAAAAAGGCAUCCAGUAUCUGAUAGAGCGAAACUUUGUUCCAGACACUCCAGUGGGUGUGGCUCACUUCCUGCUCCAGAGGAAAGGUUUGAGUAGGCAGAUGAUUGGCGAGUUCCUGGGUAACAGACAGAAACAAUUCAACCGAGAUGUCCUCGACUGCGUGGUGGAUGAAAUGGACUUCUCAGGUAUGGAGCUGGACGAAGCGCUCAGGAAAUUCCAGGCACAUAUCAGAGUGCAGGGAGAAGCACAGAAGGUGGAGCGGCUAAUAGAGGCCUACAGCCAACGUUAUUGCAUCUGUAACCCUGGUGUGGUGCGACAGUUCAGGAACCCCGACACCAUCUUCAUCCUGGCCUUUGCCAUCAUCCUCCUCAACACAGACAUGUACAGCCCAAACGUCAAGCCUGAAAGGAAGAUGAAGCUGGAGGACUUUGUUAAGAACCUUCGAGGAGUGGAUGAUGGGGAAGACAUCCCCCGAGAGAUGCUGGUAGGGAUAUAUGAGCGGAUUCGCAAGCGAGAGCUCAAGACUAAUGAAGACCAUGUGUCCCAGGUUCAGAAAGUGGAAAAACUCAUUGUUGGAAAAAAGCCGAUUGGCUCGUUACAUCAUGGUCUGGGCUGUGUAUUAUCCUUACCCCACCGGAGAUUGGUCUGUUACUGCAGACUUUUUGAAGUGCCCGACCCCAACAAACCACAAAAGUUGGGCCUGCACCAGAGGGAGAUCUUCCUUUUUAAUGACCUGCUAGUGGUUACUAAAAUUUUCCAAAAGAAGAAGAACUCUGUGACAUACAGCUUUCGGCAGUCCUUCUCACUUUAUGGCAUGCAAGUGCUGCUUUUUGAGAAUCAGUAUUACCCCAAUGGAGUUCGUCUAACAUCAGCCAUUCCCGGAGCUGACGUCAAAAUCCUCAUCAACUUCAAUGCACCCAAUCCUCAGGACCGCAAAAAGUUUACUGACGAUUUGCGAGAAUCUAUUGCUGAAGUCCAAGAGAUGGAGAAGUACCGGAUAGAAUCUGAACUAGAAAAACAAAAGGGGGUGGUGAGGCCCAGCAUGUCCCAGAGUUCAGGGUUAAAGAAGGAAACAGGCAACGGCAACCUCAGCCGAGCGAGCCUCGAUGACAGCUACGCCAUUGGUGAAGGCUUGAAGAGAAGCGCCCUCAGCAGCUCCCUACGUGACCUCUCAGAUGCAGGCAAGCGUGGAAGACGCAGCAGUGCAGGAUCACUAGACAGCAAUAUGGAAGGGUCAAUCAUUAGCAGUCCUCACAUGCGGAGAAGACCCCCCUCCAGCCGAGACUGCCCGUCCCACCACAGUGGCCAGUCCCUGCCCAACUCCUCUUCACUGCUAGGAUCUUUGUUUGUUACCAGGCGGGUGAAGUCCCCAAGCCCCACCCCGCAGCCCCUGCACCCCACCCUCAUCGCCCACACCCCCCACCCUGCCAAUCUGCAGCACACAGCCCGGGCGGAGACUGACGCGUCGGCCUCCAUGCACCCUCAUCAUGCUCAGUUCUGCCACAUGACCCAGAACCCCCCGCCUUACCAUCACCACCACCACUACCACCCUCCAGCCAACUUGCAGCACCCUCCACACCAGUACCACCCGCCCCCUUCUCACGGCCAGCAGCCAGCCUACCCACCUCACCCUCACACACAGCACAGCCACGGAAGCCACUUGGCACACUCCUCCCACCCUGCUCUCGGCCCCCACCACCAUGGCCCGCCGCCGGCACCCUCCCAGGCACCUAGCAGCACCAAGCCCAAGCACAGCGGCAUUAGUACGGUGGUCUGAGGUGCACGGGAGCUUUCUGGGCUCUCUGACUGAACUUUGAUUUUGCUCCAAGGCUCUCAGCUGAAGAGACGGUUGCACUGUGCAUCAUAGGUCUGGGCAUGUAAAGCUAGACAAGAUCCUGUGCCACCGUCAGCAUUUUUUGUUACACUCAUCACAGGGUCAGUAUAUUUAAUAUAAACACAUUUCCUUUCUAGUUACUCCUUUCAUUUCAUUUCAGGUCAUAGGUCAUGUCUGCCUGCUUCAGGAGCAACAGACAGCAACACACGAGAGCAUGCACAAAGACCACAACUACUGUUUCUCCUCAGUAAAUUAAAGGUUCUGUUGAGUGAACUGCAGUCAGCAAUCUCUUGAUCAAACUCGCACUCCAUAGGCACAAGCGAGCGCCUGUGCAUCAGCCAAAACAACGACAUGACAUACGCAAUACUGGGAAUGAUUGACUGCCAUCAUGUUGAUAGACUGCUGGAAAACAAAUUACAAUCAUUAUAUUUUAAUAACAUUACAAUUUGUAUUGUUCCUAUAUAUUUUUUUAUUGGCACCAUAAUACCUGCUAGCUUGCUGUCUGCAAAUAACUUUAUCAGCUGAUGAUACAGAGCAACAAUCAAGAGAUCCAUGCCCCAUAGCUAAGUUCAAGCUCUCUGGCUAACCCUAGCUUACGUUAUAGUUAGCUCGUUGUCUGCCCCUGCCUUGCAUUGCUGUCUUGGCUAGUAAGCAAUGCUCAGUUAUACACCUUUGCUUUAUACCAUUGCACCAUUUAUUGUUUGCUAAAUUCAACACUGUCAUAAUAUUUAAGUUAGUAUCAUGGGUCAUGUUAGCUGGUGAAUUAAUUUGGCAAGCUAGGGAACUAACAUAUCCACUCAGAUAGUAUUUUGCUAGCAAAAACGUAAGCAUGCAAGCUAAGAUUACCUAGCUAGUUGUAACUAAGCUAUACUGCAUGGAUCUGUCAUUGGUUGCUUCAUAAUGUUGCUGAUAAAAGCAAUUUACAAACAGCAAGCUAGCCAGUUUGGCAUCCACAUCUGAUCAGAUAUUAUCCACUCAAGACAGCAUUUUGUUACUUUAGCUAACUGGCAAUUUGUCCACAUUAACAAGCAAGCUAAAGUUAGCUAACAUUAGCCAGCACGAGCCAAAACAUCACAAUAUAUUUUACAUGUCAGUGUUCCAUCUAGGAUUUUUACAGCUUCGGGAAUCAGGGGGCACUGAAUUUAAUCAAUUUACCAUUUAUAAGACCACAAAUGAGAAUCAGCCAGCUAGCACAUCCUGGUGUCCCUUCGACCCCUGUCGCUAGGACACUACUUUACUGGGAAGAGAGCAACAGCUCCACAGAUGGAUCACUGAACCAACUCUAAUUCAGCCAAUGUACUCCAGCGCCAGGGGUAAUGGUGAGCUGGUGGCUGGGUCUAAUGUGUAACAGCAGCAACAGAAAGUAGCGGAAAGUUGGAGCUGUCUGGAAUCAGACCCUGUCACUCAGUUUAGGUCUGGCUGGAUUUAAGUAGCUAGUUAAAGUCUGUCUCCAGGCCGCCGCUCCCAAAGUUACACAAUGGAAACACAGUAUGUGUGGAUUUUUUGUUGUGGUGUGUGCCAGUUGUAUUUUAGCAGACUUCUUAGCUAACGUACGCUAACAUUAGUUUUACUGUUAGCGCUGUGAAGGAGCUGAAGAUAGGCAAGGCACUUGGUAACAUGCAUUAACAUCAUAUCCUUUGGAUUUUUACUGCCCUGAGUCCUUUACAUAGACAUUAGUCCACAGGCUCUCAUCAGCAAACAAAGAAGUUGGGGAAUGUCUCAGUUUUUAUGUAACGAUCCGUUCACCCAUUGGCAAUAAAAUGAUAAAUACCUGUAAAAAGUAACAUACAGUACCUUUAAAGGAACAUGAUUAAAUAUUUUGCUUAUUAGUGUUUUACAGAAGAAGUAAAUAGUAGUGAGGGGGGUUUGGCUGAACAAGACAGACAAACAGACAUAAAUGAUCAUCCUCAGCAGUACUGUAGCUGUACAGGUAUGUAGCAAUAGCUCAGUGCACUGUGAUAUCUCUGUUAGCAGUGAUAAAUGUGCCAAUUAUGAAGCAUUUGCUAAUUUAGUCUCAGAAAUUGCUUUAUGUAGCCUAUAUUGUGCAUAGUAUUUUGUAAAAUAACAAUUUCAACUGUUAUUAUUAUAAUUAUUAUUAUUACAGAACAAAUGGCAUCAAUUAAAACUCUCAGUAUUAUACGGGCACAUAAGUGGCAUAGUUUUACUGUUAAGAAACCAAUCAAAGCUUUUAAUAGUAGCCUAAGGCAAUUCAGUAAGCUGGAAUACUACGGCAUAUGGUUGCCUUUGAGUUAGAACUCUGUUCAGAUUGUUGAAUGCCAGUACAGACGUGCACACCGGCCUGCCAAGUCUCAUCCACUGCAGUCAUCUUCGGUUCGAAGUCAUCUCUCCCGCUCUGGAAAAAAGGCAGCCAAAGUGAGCUGCUGAGCAAGCAGAUUCAUCUGAGUGUCUGCCCUUCAGUACUAGCUGCUUGUCUGUCAUCAUCUUAUUUUUUUAACUAUUUUUUAAAAGUCCAAUAAACAAAAUGAAAUGUGAUAUGCUGCACUGCAACCUGGUGGGAUUCUUCAAGUCCGUUCUGCAGGAGAAGGUUUUCCAAGUUUUUAAUGGAAACUGAGAGAGUCUGUGCGAACUGUGUAGCAGGGAAAACAGCACCAUGACUGUUUAAGUGUCUCCCCUGAUGUGGAAGCUCUCAGCUGGCUGAGUGUGCCCUGUCCCCCUUUGUUUUUGUUUUUUUGUGCAUCUCAUGAGCAGCGAGCAUGUGGUGCAGUGCUGCUUACUCGCUUGAUCUGACUUUUCAGAGCCACACGGACACCACAGUACAGAAAUCAGUAAUUAUCAUUCUGUGAUGGUGAUAGCACUCACAUACGUCAUUCACCACAAAUGGCAGUUUUAUAUCAAUCAUCUGUCUGACAUAUUAUGGGAAAGCUGGUCGUACCUCCCAGCCAUCCUGUGCACAGUAUCUGCGGUGUGUGCAAAGCAGAGGCAGGGGGCUUGUGUGAUGGUGCAUAGUUUCUGUUGAAAGUGAUAGACACAGCACUUGUUCUUCUACUUAGUUGAUAUCAAUGGCAGAAGUUAGUCUGUAUCUCCUUAAAGACUUUGAGAUGGAUUGUUUUUUAACUUGUAUGUGCAAUUUGUAUUAACUUUUUUGUCUAAGACUAACUUCAGUGUGGUGGUUGUUCCAUUUUCUUUAGUUCUGUUAGUGUUGUCUUUUUUCCCCCAGCGUCCUUUGUCAUUUCUUCCUCAAUGUUUCUGUGAAGUGCAACUAUCCACAUGGAUUUGAAGGGACUGGACCUUCCACACUGAUAAAGAGUGUCAACCAAAAUAAUUGCAUGUAACAAUGUGUUUCACGGCUAUUUUCUAACUAUUAUGUAUUCCUAAACUAUAUCAGUGUUACAGUUGACAGUUGUUAAAAAUGAAUGGUAGAAUAGUUUUGAAUUCUUCAAUUACAGCUAACUUAAGUCAGCUAUGUAUUUGUGUCACUCCAGAGGAUAACCAGAUCUGUAUCUUUUCCUGAUCCACAUAGAGUAGUUUACUGGAUCUUUAGUGUACAACAGUGGCUAAAGCAGUGAGAGGAAAGGUAGAGGCAGCGUGACAAAAUAUGUACUCUGUCAUCUGGAAAUCAGAGUGAUAAUAGUGAUAUCAUCUGUCUCUGUCAGUGGCUCACACUGUUGUCAAGUGAUAGUCAGUAUAUUAUUAUUCUUAAAUACUUGUUUCCUCGAGGUUUAAGUUAUCAAGGUACCACUUAAUAUAAAGUAACCUUUACAGAGGUUUUAUACAUUGUAACUAAUUGAUUAUUUAAUAAAGCCAAUUCAUUGUUAUAUGCAUUAAUGGUUAAUAAGUAAUUUGCUGAUGCUUUAUACAUCAGCAAUAAGUCUUUCAUAAGAACAACUUUUGAGUUGCCAUGUUCUAGAAAAAUCUCCUAGGCUGGUGUUUAUCCUCCAGCAAAUGUUAGUAAGUCACAUUUGUUGGUCCACUAAUCGACAGUAGGUGGCAGUAACACCCAGAGUAGCAUAGCAGUGUGCUGGCAAAAGUAAUGAAGGAGAAGACGGCAAACCAAGCUUCUGGGAAGUGCACUGGACUUUAACAUGUAUAUCUGCAGACACAUUCCAUUUGUAGCAUACACAAUACACCCCUACAAAACCGCGCCCACCACUAGUACAAAACAAAACCACCAACACAACAGCUAUCUGAACCCUGCCACAAUGCUACACCAUAGUGAAUAAGACCAAAUGUCGUAAUAAUUCACUUUAUAAUUCGUAAUACAUUAAUAUAUGAUUCACUUUGUAAGUACUGAGAUGUAACCCUUCCCAUUACCCUUAUCCUAACCUUAACUGCCUCACUUUUAACAUAUUACUUCAUAGCUGAUGCCAGCUAAUUGCUAACUAAGCAUUUAGCAUAUAUAACAAGAUGUAGCCUUCCCAUUACCCUGACCCUAACCUUAAGCAUCUCUCUUUUAACGUAAUACGUCACAGCUAACUAAUCACUAACUUAGCAUUAGCAUAAGUAACAAGAUGUAGCCUACCCAUUACCCUUACCCUAACCUCAACCACCUCUCUUUUAACGUAAUACUUUAUAGCUAGCUAUUGCUACCUUAGCAGUUUCACUGGGACUUCUGCUUUCAGGUCAAGGAGUGAAGGGUGCUGAUUGUGGACUGACAUAAAUGUAUAAUGGUUAUGUCGCUAGAAGGCUGGUCAUGUAGCUGCUCCAGCUGCACUUGUACCUCUCGGACUUUGAAACCAAUCUGACAUAGUGGCCAAACCCUGUAAUUCCAGGGUCCAUCACGUGAUGCCAUUGCACCCAAAAAACUUUUCCGCGUAGACUUACAUUGGGAAAGAGAUGUCGGUAAACCAGUGGAUACAUUUUUUUGAGUGUCUCAACCCUCGUAAACUUACUCACUAUCGGGAUUUGAUCCAUACGGUCUCAUAACAUUUUAAAGUCUGGAAGAGCUGCAAGAUGAAAUCAUUUUAUCCCCAUUUAAGUUAGCAGAGGGCUAAACCAGAGGCUAGCCGUUUGGCCAGCAGAAGCUAGCUGCUCAGCUGGCAAAGUUGCUAGUGCCGUUGUUCUGUGGGCCCAAUGACACAAAAGACGGGUAAUUUUACACCCAGGAGGUCAAAGUUUUUUUAGCCACAGGGGCCACUGAGAAACUUUCAUAAGAGUGAUGGGGACCCCACCUGCAACACUGUACCCAGUACUUUUAAUGCAUCUAUGCUGCACACUAGCAAACAUCAAUGUAAAUAUUGCACGAUUUAACAAAGAAAUCAGCUCUAUGAAUGUUUAUUAAGGAAGAAUGUGCACUCAGUGUGCCUAUUUGACCUUAAGGAUACACAUAAUAAACUUUGGUGAGACACACCCAAAUUUGUUGCAUAUAAUAUUACUUUUAUUCAUUGCCAAGAAAACUCCAGGGCAGCCUUUAGUGAUUAGUCUUCAUAUUUAACCAGACCUAGCUGAAAAAGACAAUGCAGGUGACAUGCCAGGCCGAGUUUCCCAGUGUGUUUUAAAGCAUAUCCACACAACACAUGCACAUUAAGAAAACACCCCCAAAUUCAGAAAACACAUUCACUGAUUUCGCAACACAUACCCUGCAAAUGCUCACAACAGAGGCAAGAAGCUGAACGCUCCGGAAAAACGAAAACACACGCCAAAUUGAAGACGACAACGGAAAUGUUUCCAGGGGGACCGUAAUCAGUGACAUACUUACUGGUUGUUGACAUUUCCAGACUUUCCUCAAGUCCGGUCCAAGCAUCUAAGUUGUUUUUGGGCAUCCACGUUUCCCUCACUUGCGUCUCUUCCUUGUAGGACACGGGGGAGAGAUGCGAGGAUGAGACAUGAGUAGAGAAGAAACGAGGAGAUAUAUCUGUCGAGAAAUGAGUCAUCUUUUCCUCUGAAGCGUCACAUGAAGCGACGUCCGUUUCUAAUGACGGCGGCAGCUGAUCAGUUAUCACAUGAUGUUAUAGAUACAUAUAUAAUGAUAAAGAUACAGAUACAGUUAUCAGUAACAGAGCAGCAGUGUUUUCUCUCUGUCUAACAAUCACCUGCACAUGAACAACAACCUGCGUUCUGUAUUUAUAAUUUGUCCUGUGUCCUGCUCAGUCACAGAAUGUCUUUAUAUGAUUUAUUCAUUAUUUGCCGCUGUAUUUAUUGAUAUUCUGAUUGUUAGUUCAUUAUUUAAUAACCCAGAAUAUGAUCAUGGUGUCUUUAAACACUGGAAAUAAUUUAUUAGGCCAAAUGUUUCAGAGAAAAUUAAAAUUCUGUAACUCAUCAACCUGACGCUCAGGAAUGAUCAGCCUCAGUGUGACUGAAUGGAAAAGGCGAUCACUGAUGUAAAAGUGUUUCUUGUUGACAGACAGGCUCUCUGACAGACAGGCUCUCUGACAGACAGACUCUUUGAUUGUAUCCAUAAUUAAAGUUGAUGACGGAAAUAACAGAUCGUGAAGAAAACACUCUUUCUAAUAAAUGAAGAGUCGUUUGUUUCCUUUUCUUGUUCAGAUUUUUAACUCGAUGGUGAAUUAGAAAACAAAUAAAAUAUAAAACGUGGCAGUGAUACAUUUGAGUUGAAUCUGUUAUCUGUCUUCACUCUGUAUGAAACUCCAGUGAUGUUGGGAUGUAUCAGAUCAGUCUGAUCAGCUACAGCGCUGCGCUGUCCAAUCAAUAACUGAUAUCCAAUAAAGGGGUGUGUCGGUUGGUAAAAGGCUGCACUCGCUUCCCCCUCCUCUGAAAGCCUGCUCUCUCCUCGACUCCUCUGAGUGCAUUUAACGAAUUGAGACGUUGUACAAGAUGGCGAGUCUCAAAUCGAUUUCCGGGUCAAGUGACCAAGGAUUGAGGACGGAGGAGUUGAGGAGGGAUAUUGGGAUGAACCCAUCGGCGGCCAAAAGCAGGUCCGUGAGUGAUUACGGUCCCCCUGGAAACAUUUCCGUUGUCGCCUUCAAGUUGGCGUGUGUUUUCGUUUUUGUGGAGCGUUCAGCUUCUUGCCUGUGUUGUGUGCAUUUGCAUUGCGUUAUAUUAUUUGCUUGUGUUGUGAGGAUUUGCAGCGUUUUCUUAUUUGCUUGUGUUGUGAGGAUUUGCAGCUUAUAUAUUGCGAAAUUGAUGAAUGUGUUUUCUGAAUUUGGGGGUGUUUUCUUAAUGUGCGUGUGUUGUGUGAAUUUGCGUGUGUUGUGGAAUUUGCGUGUGUUGUGACAUCUCUCGGCCACUGUAGAAAUAGACCAUCUCCACUAAACAACAUAUGGAAUUUAUUCAAUAUUAAUAAAACAUUAACCUUCUGGAAAAAGAGCACAGGUAAUGUUCCUCACAAUGAAUGCCAUAUAUUCAUUGGCGCUGGCUGUUGUUUAGGCCACCCUGUAACCACUCUGUUCACUAGACAAGUUUGCUGGAGGAGGAUAAACUCCUACCAAAGAGGUUUUACACAACCUGGCAAUCCAAAUGUUCUAUAGCUUAUUGCUGAUGUAUAAAGAAUUGGUUACGUUUUUAUUAACCAUUAAUGAAGCCAUUAGUUUCCACCUAUGAACCCUCUAUAAAGGGUGCCUGAUUAGACAGUAGUACUGUUAAAAUAUCUGUCACGAUCUAAAACACAUUUUGCAGGCUUUAUGUACUGUAGGCUACUCUACAAUCUAACAUUUUACUGAUCUGUCAAAUAUACAGCAUUUAAUCCAGCACAGUUUAGGUUGUAUAGAGUCAGAAAAGUGCCAAUAUUGCAUGGUUAUUACAAUUUAAAUCAGUUACAAAAUCAACUGGGGGCCAAAUUUAAUCGACCCAGCACAACCUUACAGUUGACCAAUCAUAACUCUGUCCUCAGACCAAAGUCUGAUUACUAACUGGGAUCAUGAUGGAAACACCAGCCAAGAAGAAACCUAGCUUUAUUAGAUAUUGGUGGUUUCAUAACCCACCAGGUCCUUCAGACGACUGAUCAGAAAACCUGUCCAGAUUCUGUGUGAGGUGGUUUGUUGCAUGCCAUUGAUGCCUAUCGUUUCUUUUUCUUUUCUUUUCUCUCUUUUGUUGUGUUGUGUUGUUCCACUGAGUAGCUGGCAUAACUAAGUCCCUACCUUUCAAUGUAGCUUUUAUUUCUCUAAAUUAUGCUUGUUUACAUUUAGAUGAUAUCUGGCUGCUAGUGUGUCUUUUCAUUUACAGUUACAGUAUGUCAUUAUACUCUGCAUUUCACCUCUAUUUCCAUUGUAUAGUAUAAAGACAUGGCAGUAUACUGCUGAGUGUAAAUAGCAAAUCCAUCUGUGGAUAUCUAAUGUCAUUUGAUGAAGAGGCUCUGAAACAGAGUGAACCUUUUAAGUAUGGGUGGGUAGUAAUGAGAAAACAUGUAAAUAGUCUGUAAAUUACAAUUAUCAUUAUUAUUAUUGUUAAUAAUAUUAUUAUUACUACUACUCCUCAAUAUCUGCAUUAUAUUGAAGAUGCAUUUCUGCUCCCCUCUGAUAUUUACAUAAUCAUCAACUGCUUCUCUCUGCCUCCAACAGGACUGAAUUAUCAUAGGAUCUAGAGAUGAACAGCCAACUGUUACACAGUUAACACGGCUUCUAACAUACUUCCUGAGACGCUCCUAUUCUCUCACACUCACAGCCCACUUUUGAAGUCAAAGGGAAGGGAGGAGUGCUCUUAUUUUAUUAUGCAUUCUGUUUCUAAGUAGACACACUCCUAUUGAUGUAAAACUAGUACUGUGAUGAUGUUGAGAACGCAUAAUAAAA